AUGAUAAGAGCAGGAGUUUUUCUUUUAUUCGUUGGAGUAGCUGCUGCUACUACCGGCUUUGAUACCAUUCAGCCUAUGACUUCAGCCACUUUCGAGUGCUUGGCUAAGAAUGGAUAUCAAUUCUUCGUAGCCAGAGUCUGGGAAUCUGUUGGUAAUUACGAUGAAACUGGUAUUGCUAACAUCAAGCACGCUAACGCUGCUGGCUGGAAAUGGGUUGACGGAUACAUCUUCCCUUGCUUGCACAGCACCUGUGCUCCACCAGAGAACCAAGUUCGCGCAACAGUCGACAGACUGAAGUCUGAGGGUGCUAAAUACGGAAUGCUUUGGUUGGAUAUUGAAGUAUUCCAAUGGUCCUCAAACAAAGUUAGCAACCAACAAUUCAUUACUCGUAUGGGUAAUGAAUUGGAUGCGUUGAAGGUUAACUGGGGAAUCUAUACCAACAAUUACAACUGGGCCAGCAUUGUCGGAGACUGGGACCAUUAUGCACACAAAAAUCUCUGGUGGGCCAACUACAAUGGACAUCAAGAUUACAGCGGAUUCAAACCAUUCGGCGGAUGGAGCAAGCCAAACAUUCAUCAAUAUUCUGGCAGUGUCAAAGGACCAUGCAAUGUUAAUUUGGAUCAAAACUGGUAUUGA